ACCGAGAGAGAGGGAGAACACUCGGAGGAGCCUGUUUUGCGGAGAGCAGAUAACCUGAGAGGGAAGUGUGUGAGGCAAAGUUGUAGUUUUGGAAACAUACGAGACAUCUGAGACAGAUUAUAGGGCAAAGUAUAUUUGCAAAAGCAAAUACGUGAGAGAAAGUGGAAGCAAGAAAAACAGACCCAGAAGGCAAAUGGAUUACAAAGUGACUGUGGCAACAGGUACCUCUGAGUACUCUGGGACCAACAACUACAUAUACAUCACUCUGGUGGGAGAAAAAGGAGAGAGUGAGAAGACUGUUCUCGAUAACCCCGGGUUGGACUUCUGUCGUGGUGCUGUGGAUCAGUACACCGUCACGACUUCAGCCUCACUGGGGCAGUUGCUCCUGGUGCGUCUAGAGAAGCAGCGGUAUUUCAUCGAGGAUAAUUGGUUCUGUCGUUACGUAACAGUAGAGGCACCGGCGGGGGGAGAUGUGCUGAUCUUCCCCUGCUACCGCUGGCUAGUGGGGGAUGUGAAAGUGGAGCUCCGUGAAGGCACAGCUAAGAGGCUGACAGACGACUCUUUGCCUCAAAUGUUGACUCACAGAAAAGCGGAACUUCAGGAGAGACAGAAGGCAUACAGAUGGCAGAUGUGGGCCUCAGGGAUUCCGAAAUGCAUCGAUGCAAAAUCAGAGGCUGAUCUUCCACAGGAUGUUCGAUUUGACAACGAGAAGCGUAGUGACUUUGAGGGAUCACUGCAUUAUGCGCUUCUUGAACUGUCACUGAAGAAGCUGGCUAUUAAAUUUGGAAAGUCUUGGAAUGACCUUGAUGAUUUCAAGCGCAUAUUUUGGAAGCUGAGGAGUCCCAUAGCUGAGUACACCAUGGAUCACUGGAGGGAGGACUGGUUUUUUGGGUAUCAGUUCUUGAAUGGAUGCAAUCCAAGAAUGAUAACGCAGAUCCGGGAGUUACCCUCUAACUUCCGUGUCACUGGAGAUAUGGUGCAGGCCUCUCUGAAACCCAACACCACACUGGAGAAAGAGAUGAAGGCAGGUAAUGUCUAUCUGGUGGACUAUGCCAUAAUGGACGGCAUCCCUACAAACGUUAUCCGGAACCAACGGCAGCACAUAGCUGCCCCUCUGUGUCUGGUGUAUGAACAUCCGGAGCACCGUCUCAUCCCCAUCGCCAUCCAGCUUGAGCAGAAGCCACGCAGACACACUCCUGUCUUCCUGCCCAGCGACCCUCCGCUGGCCUGGCUGUUGGCUAAGAUGUGGGUCCGCCAUGCAGAGUUCCAGAUUUUCCAGGUGUUGUCCCAUUUGCUCCGGACUCACCUGGUGGUGGAGGUCUUUUCUAUUGCUACACUGAGGCAACUUCCUGCUGUCCACCCCCUGUUCAAGCUGCUGACACCUCAUUUGAGAUAUACUUUGGAAAUCAACUGCCGAGGCCGCACCCAACUUAUCUCAGCAGAUGGGAUCUUCAAGCGGGUGGUGUCAACUGGGGGAGAUGGCCUACUGGUAUUGGCCCAGCGAGAAUACAAAGUUCUCACCUACCGCUCCCUACAGCCUCCGUGUGACUUUGAGGACCGAGGUGUGACCAAGCUGAAAGGCUACUUCUACAGAGACAACAGCCUGAUGAUCUGGGACGCUAUUCAAAAUUAUGUCACAGGGAUGAUUUCUUUAUACUACCCAAAUGACCAUGAUGUAGUAGAGGAUGCAGAACUGCAGGCCUGGGUAAAGGAUGUGGCUGAGGAGGGCUUUGUAAACGUCCCUCAGUUUGGGUUAUCCUCUGAGCUCAAGACUAAAAAAGAGUUAGUCACUCUGGUCUCAGUGGUCAUCUUCAUCAGCACAGCACAGCAUGCAGCCACCAACAAUGGCCAGUUUGACUGGUGUGCCUGGGUCCCUAACACUCCCUGUACCAUGCGAAGCCCCGCCCCAGAGGACAAGGAUGCCGUUACCAUGGAGUUGAUCAUGGACACCCUGCCAGACAUCAGUCAAUCUUGUGUGGAAAUGGCUAUCACAUGGCACCUUGGUCGUGCACAGCCUGAUGCAAUUCCAAUGGGUCAGUAUGUGGAAGAGUACUUCACCGAACCCAAAGCCAAGAAACUCAUCAAAAACUUUCAGGAAGAUCUUAAAAUCAUUGAGAAGAAGAUCAUUGAACAAAACGAAGGGGUGGAACUGCCAUAUCUCUACCUCUGCCCUAGCCGUAUUGAGAACAGCAUCACAAUAUAGACAUAGGGCACAUAGCUGUCAGAUGACAUGGUGUCUUCCACUCUCAUGGAAAAAGACAAAUAUCUCUUGAGGAUGUAGCCUCUAGUGGCGAGAAUGCUGAAUUGCAGCUAACUGAAUACCAUGCCAUCUCCAAAACCUGUCUGUAAUAUCGUUGUCCCUCGAGUGGCGCAAAAACAUUUCAACUACAAUUUAUAUUUACAGGAAAUUGAACACACACAUUGAAACCAUAGUUUUGAAUACCAAUACUAUAUUCCAGUUCCGCGAAUAGAUUGCCUUUGCUGUCUUAGUAGGUCCUACUCUGUAGCCUUAACAUUCAGGAAUAUUAAACACCAAGUGCAUCUUUUUAGUUUUAGAACACAACUACGAAAUACUCACUAAUAAUACCAGAAAAUUAAAUUGAUGUAUAUUCUUAGUUUUAGGUGAUGAGGGGAGGUCGGUGGUUAUUAAUGACCUCUUCAUUCUCUCACAGAGCCUGGUAAAUUGACUUUCAACUUUUUUUGUGCUGGAUUAUUGUAACAAGAUCCAAUAGGCACGGAGAUUGCAUUUACAUACAGAUUGAAUUAAUAUAUAAGUCAGCCAGUUUAAGGGCAUAUUAUACAAUUCUGUUCAAUGGUUCUGUCUAGGCUCUAUAUAUUUUGCUUUCCUUAACUUCUUUGCAGAUGUUUUUAUUUGUUUUGUAGUCAUCAUUUUAUAUUUAUUUAAUCUCAAACAUGUUUGUUAUGUUUUUGUCUUAAUUGCUUUCUCUGUUUUAUGAAUUUACCAUAAUAUCUUUUGCUGAAUCCAUGCCCAUGUAUUUACUCAGGGUAUUGCUGUAAAUUUAGCUGAAAGCUCAGUCAAUUGAAUAAACAAUGACAGUGAUCUCUU